AUGUCUACGAAGCCGCCAUACAAAGUUGCGGAUAUAAAUCUGGCUGAUUUCGGCCGCAAAGAGAUAAUAAUGGCCGAAAAUGAGAUGCCCGGUUUGAUGGCAAUGCGAGCCAAACAAAAUUAUUGGCUUUAUUCAGAUGUGCAGUGGUCUUCAUGCAAUAUCUUUUCAACGCAGGAUCAUGCUGCUGCAGCAAUAGCGCUACGAGGAGUUCCUACAUUGGUAUUCAAAGAUGGUCAGCCGCUGAACAUGAUUCUGGAUGAUGGUGGUGAUCUUACCAAUUUUGUGCACCAAAAAUUCCCGCAGUAUUUAAGCGGAAUUUAUGGAUUGAGCGAGGAAACGACAACUGGCGUCCAUAAUCUAACCAAAAUGUUCAAAGCUGGAAAAUUAAAGGUUAAUUUGUUGUAUCAGCAACUUUUCGGAAAAAUAUGCAUUGUUAAUAUGCAUUGA